AUGAAGUACGCUACACCAUUUGCCUCGGAGGCGCCUACAUCGCUUCACGCCUUCACGGAAGAAGAACUCAUGUUGAAAGAAACAGUUGGUCGUUUUGCUCGUGAUGUCGUUCAACCGAGAGUUCAGGCCAUGGAUGAAGCUGAAGUAAUGGAUAAGGAUAUCAUUCAAGCUAUGUUUGAGAACGGCCUUAUGGGAUUGGAAACCGAAGCCGACUAUGGAGGUGCUGAGUGCUCUUUCACUGCUGCUAUUCUCGCUGUCGAAGAACUCGCCAAAAUUGAUCCUUCCAUCUCUGCUUUGUGCGAUAUUCAUAACACAUUGACCAACACCGUUAUUCGAAAGUGGGCCAACAAGGACCUGAAGGAGAAAUACCUCUCACGCUUAGCAACCGACACUGUGGGCAGUUUCGCCAUCUCUGAAGCCGGCGCAGGUAGUGACGCGUUUGCCCUUCAGACGCGCGCCGAAGACAAGGGAGACCACUACUUGUUGAAUGGCGGAAAGAUGUGGAUCAGUAACUCGGGCGAAGCGGAAAUUUUUGUUAUCUUUGCCAACGUUGAUCCUUCCAAGGGAUACAAGGGUAUCACUGCCUUUAUUGUCGAAAAGGAAUGGGGUGUAGAAAUUGCAAAGAAGGAGAAGAAGCUCGGUAUUCGUUCCUCGUCCACUUGUGUGCUCAACUUUGAUGAUGUACGUGUCCCCAAGGAAAACGUGCUUGGUGAAGUGGGUCAUGGUUACAAGUAUGCCAUUGACUCGUUGAACGAAGGACGUAUUGGUAUUGCCGCUCAAAUGAUUGGUGCCGCCCAGGGCGCUUAUGAUAUUGCCCUUCCCUAUAUGAUGGAACGUAAACAGUUCGGAGCUGCUAUCGGCACUUUCCAAGCCAUGCAACACCAAUUUGCACAAGUGGCCGUUGAAAUUGAAGCCGCCAGAUUGUUGACAUACAAUGCCGCGCGUUUGAAGGAAGAGAACAAGCCUUUCAUUAUGGAAGCUGCAAUGGCCAAGUUUAUGGCAGCCAAGGUAGCUGAAAAGGCCACUAGCUACGCUGUAGAAUGGAUGGGUGGCAAUGGUUUUGUUCGUGAAACCGGUGUCGAAAAGUUCUACCGUGAUGCAAAGAUCGGUUCCAUUUAUGAAGGUACCAACAACAUGCAACUGCAAACCAUUGCCAAGAUCAUCGGCGAUAAAUACAAAUAA